GAUUUGUUGCCAAUGCAGACGCCAUUUGGAUAUACGAGAAAGGAUGUUCUAUUGAUUGGAGUUGGAGUUACCCUUCUAGGCUAUGGCUUAAAAAGUGGAUUGGAGUUCUUAGGAUUUGACCCUUUACAAGCUGGAAAUGUAGUUCAAUUAGUCCUGGUUUUGGGUCUAACAGUUGGAUGGAUCUCAACAUACAUCUUCCGGGUUUCAAACAAGGAAAUGACAUAUGCUCAACAAUUACGAGACUAUGAAAGCAAAGUCAUGGAGAAACGGUUAGAGAGCUUAACAGAAGCAGAGUUACAAGUAUUGAUUGAGCAGGUUGAAGAAGAGAAGACCCGCCUGGCUAGUGGUGAACAGGUCAAAUAGAUAUUGCUUUCCUCAUGACCCCUUGGACCUUGUUAUCCAUGGAAAAUAGUCUAGACAAUAAGGAAGUCUGUACAAUAGUCAACAUAUGCUUGCGUAACAUCUGAUGAUCAUAUCCAACUAGAUAAAACAAUUCUGGAAAGGAGGUUUCCCUAGGUGGGAGUUCAUGUUCUGUAAAUUGUUUAGGAUUUUAUAUAAAUACGUGAUAUACGAACUAUUAUCCAU